UAACACUGCACAAUCACAUGCUAAAAUAAUGCAUUGAAUUGUCACCUCGAGUCACAUGCAAUUUCAAUUCCACUUUAACUCACAUGCAAACUUACCACUACCAUCCAAUAAUGACUUUCACAUUUUCUAUAUAUACCUGUGUUAUUAUAAACGGAAACAAUCCCAAACACACCAACUACCUAACCAAAAUAAAAAUGUCUUUCAUUUCUUCCACCUCAAGCUCCUCUUCUGAUGAUUUCUCCAAAAAUCAUGAAUUUGAUUGCUUAGUUGAUGAGUAUGUAGCAAAUCACCUACCUCAUAGAUUACUUCCUCCAGACCAACCACAAGAACCUCCACUAAAUAAUGAAACUGAACUAUCAACGGAGCCCAAAAGGGAUAGGGAAAGAGAAAAAGGGCAUGUGCAACUAUACAACGAUUAUUUCGCGAAUAAUCCAGUGUAUAACGACAACCAAUUCCGACGUAGAUUCCGUAUGCAACGGUCAUUGUUCUUCCGCAUUAUGAGCAAAGUGGUUGAGGGGGAUCAAUUCUUCCAGCAACGUCGAAAUGCAGCUGGGAAGCUUGGUUUAUCACCGUUGCAGAAAUGCACCGCUGCAAUAAGAAUGUUAGCGUAUGGCGUAGCCGCAGACGCUGUGGAUGAAUAUUUACGUCUCGGCCAAACAACCUCUAGGCAGGCAUUGCAACAUUUCUGUCAAGGGGUUAUUUCACAAUUUGAAAGUGAAUAUCUACGAAAACCUACAGAUGAAGAUUUAAGGAGAAUCCUUCAUCAAAAUGAUCUGCGUGGUUUUCCAGGGAUGAUUGGUAGUAUAGACUGCAUGCAUUGGGAGUGGAAGAAUUGUCCUACUGCUUGGAGGGCACAAUAUGCUGGUCGUAGCAAGAGUGCAACUCUCAUUCUUGAAGCUGUUGCUGAUCAGGAUCUAUGGAUUUGGCAUGCGUUCUUUGGAAUGCCUGGGUCAUGUAACGAUUUGAAUGUCCUUUACCGUUCACCGGUAUUUGAUGAUGUUUUACAAGGUCAUGCACCACCCAUAAAUUUUACGGUUAAUGGACAUCAAUAUGAGUUGGGCUACUACUUGGCCGAUGGGAUUUACCCGAGAUGGCCAACUUUUAUACAGGGUAUAACACAUCCUCAUGUUAGAAAAGACAAGUUGUUUGCUGAUCAACAAGCAGCAGUUCGGAAAGACGUCGAACGGGCUUUCGGAGUUUUACAAGCUAGGUUCGCUAUACUACGACAACCAGCACUUGCAUACGACGAAGAUAUUCUCUGUGAUAUUAUGAAAGCCUGUAUAAUAAUGCACAACAUGAUCGUCGAGGAUGAACGACACAACUACGCACGUGCAGAUGUUUUGAGACGAUACUACGAAGAAGAUCGACCACAACGUACGGUGAGGCGGGCAGACCCGAGCACAAGUGCCACGGUGUUUAACAACGAGCCAUUUGAAUUCAACGUCGGGCGACCACCCAACAUUGAUUUCAACACGUAUUUGGAGAGAAGGAUUUCCCUUCGUGAUAGAGAAAUUCAUUCAUCUCUGAAACAAGAUUUAGUGGAGCACAUAUGGCAGAACUUUCGUCAUAAUGCGGUUGAAUAAAUAAUUUUUUAGUUUGUUAUUUGUAACCGUAUCGUUAUUUAUGUUUUAAUACUCGUGUUUGUAUUUUAUUUUAGUAGAACCACUUUUAUCUAGUUCGUACUUGUACCGUUAUUUAACAUCCCAUGUGUUUGUAUUACCGUUAUUGAAGUUCCCAUGUGACUAUUUAAUGUGUUCAUUACAAAAAUGUGCUACUAAUUCAAAUGUUAAAUUAUAAA